AUGGAUUUUGCAGCCGAGAUGGGCAAUGGUGGUCAAAACGGUAACCAGAAGAAGGAUGAUUGCCAGGCGAUCAAUAUCAACUGUGGUAAUGGUCAGAAUAAUGGUAAAAAUGGUGGAAAUGAUGAUUGCCAAAACGCAAACAUGAAUUGUGGUCAAAAUGGUCAGUAUGGUAAAAAUGGUAACGGUGGCAAUAAUGAUUGCCAGAAUGUUAACAUGGACUUUGGCAAUAAUCGUAAUGGCAAUGGUAACAAUGGUGGAUGUGGUCAAAAUAAUGGUCAAAACGGUAAUGGUGGCCAAAAGAAUGGCCACAAUGGAUGUGGUGGUCAAAAUGGUAAUGGUGGUCAAAAUAAUGGUCGCAACGGUAAUGGUAACAAUGUAAUGGUAACAGUGGUUGUGGUAAUCAAAAUGGUAAUGGUGGCCAAAAUAAUGGUCACAAUGGCAAUGGCAACAAUGGAUGUUGUGGCCAAAAUAAUGGCAAAAAUGGAAACAAUGGCAAUAAUGACUGCCAAACAUUAA